CAUUUACUGAAGGAUCCGUCUAGAAUGCUGGCCUGGAUGUCCUAUAUCAAAGUCACUUCAAUCCUUUGAUGCAGGGGUACCUCCGACGAACGACUGGCGAAGUCAGAUCCGCAAAAAGAACGGACCAUCGAGCAGAUGCUGCCACAGUUCUUGAAUCCGAUGAUAGAUACCGAAAGUCAAGUUUGUCUCAGGCCUGGCAUAUAAAGGGACUCGAAGACAACAGUGAUCUUCAUCCUAAGCAUCCGUAUCAUGGUCGUCGUGACACUGUGGCUUCUCAAUGCUUUGGUUAGUUGUGUCUGGGCAGCUACGCUCCCCGAAACUACGAUCAAGAGGGCUCCUUGUCCAUGCCCUCUCGAUACCUUUGGAGACACGGGAGUUGCAAUCAACCAGUUCCCUUUCUUCGAAUGUGCUUAUACUGCCGGAGCCUGCGAUUGGAACAUGAACAAUGGCGAACUCGAAAAUACUGCGCAGAGAAAUUGUCCUUCUUCGGCUUCAUGUGUCAACGGAUGCGCGUGUCCGGUGGAUAACGACGGCAGCACCGGCCGUUUAAUCGAGUUUGGCCAAGCAAUUCAAUGUGCUUAUCCCAAUGGAGCCUGUACUUACAAUACCAAUGGUGCCCUCAUGAAUGCUCUGGGUCAAUCCAAUUGCCCAGCUGAGUCCGGAUGCGGGACCGAUUGAUUCGUUGUGUUCAUUAGCAACAUGGUUAGCUAGAAAUUCAUUAAAACGCAUUAUAGACA